ACCGCUAAAAUAUGUACGUUUACAGUAUGUUGAUCAACAUAUUUCACUGUCAUAUUAACAGUCGAAUUUUAUCAUGGAAAUCCUAUCAUUGGAAGCAAUAUAAUAUGCGAUGUAUAUUGAAUCAAAUUGACAUUUAAAAGGAAAUUAAAAUCUGCAUUACACUGAACAUAAAGCGGAGUUGUUAGUUAUAUCUCUUGGAAUUGAAUGACAUUGAAGGGUCUUUGUUAUCUGUCCUGUCGAGAUCCUCCAGGAAAUCGGCAAAGUUCUCAUCAUAUUAUCAGCAUUUUCUUCGAUAUUUCUCUUAGUCAACUAUUCUGACCGACUUCUCUUGUAAUUCAGUAAAAUAUUUUAUCGUUACGCAGUUGGUUUAUAAACACUACGCUUGAAAUGCAAUUGUUCAUAUUUCUCUUUCAAGAAAGCGUCUGGAACGUAUACGAAUGAAAUGAAAAUGGCUAUGAAUAUUCCUGUCGAAAUCCUCAACUGUGCCAAUAAAGCAGUAACGAAGCCUUAUAAUUAUGACUACAAAACUGAGUUUUACCUACCGCCACCAGUUUCGGAUUUAUGCAGAAUGUCUUUGCCGGACCUCGAAUACUUAUAUCAACGAUACCUGAACACCAUACAAACUGUAUGUAAAACUCCGAGAAGAUUCGGGAAGAUAACAGAUGGUGGAUGGGAUGUGUGUGUUGAACCGCAGUACCUUCCAUCCAAGGGUUGUCUGGUUUACUCAUUUGGAAUCAACAAUGAUUUUUCGUUCGACGAUGAAAUCGCUGAUUCACACAACUGUGAAGUCCAUUCCUUCGACCCGAGCAUGAAAGUCAAGAGUCAUAUAAGAAGAAAGAGUAGGACCUUUUUUCACGAUACUGGUCUCUCUGACGUCAGCAGAACGAAUCCCGUUGGAACAGAAUGGCGUAUGCUGACAUUUAAGGAUAUUAGAACUGAUCUGAAUCACUCAGAGCGAAUGCCAGAUGUCGUUAAGAUGGACAUAGAAGUGUGGGAGUGGAACGUACUUCCGGAAAUGUUCGCUACUGGUCAAUUCCCUAGACAGUUGAUCAUAGAGUUCCAUCUGUGGUCCCAGCGGUACACCACGCAGAAGGACAUGUGGAUACGUCGGCUGUCUGUCCUACGUCUUAUACAUGACGCAGGUUAUAGAAUAUUCUGGAUGAAUAGAAACCUGAUAUGUAAAUAUAAAUCAGUUUACACUAAGAAACAAACUCUCGCAUGUCACGAGAUUUCGUUAAUACGGAAUGGACCAGAUGUUUUGACAGAUUACUGAUGGUGAUGUUGGUCCUAUACGAUAGAAGAAGAAGAGAACAUGUUAACUUCAUGUCAUAUCAACUAAUAUUAACACUCCUCCUGAUUUACCGGGUGGAAGCGCAUGAAGGGGAGGAAUUUCAUAAACGAGGAGAAACAACUUAUUUGCAGGUGACCGCGAUAACUUUCCAUCUUUGAUCGAGGAAGCGUACCCUUUUGCCCUUUACAAAGGCGAAAGUGUAGCCUUUGUGCAACAUGUUCAAAUGAAGCCCUAGAUAUUUAAAAUCAGCAUUACGAUAAGAAAUAUGGAUAUCAUCAGCGUUACCAUGGUUACUUCCCCUAGUUAGGAUACACAUCGGUGAGGUAAUACCAUAGUUACCUCUCCGGUGAAGGAUACUCAUCCAUGAUGUAGUAUUCAUCAAGGAUUGUUGUUUUUUGGAAACGGAUAUGCAUGCACAUAGUACUGUAGUUGACUCUGCGGUUAGGGUAAUAAAAUUCUAAGGUUGAUACCGUUUUUAAAGUGCAUAUAUAGAUACAUUCAUAUCAAUUGGGAUAUUCACAUUUUCGAUGUUGCUAAGUACGAAGUCAUUUGCUAUAUUUAACAUUCAAACUAUGGUGUAA